AUUUCUCCCCGAGCCAUGGCCGAGAGAAGACUCCUUCCCCAGGAGGAUGACCAGGGAUCCCUGCUGUCCAGACUGGGCACCGACAGCCCUAAACCCCGGGUGAAGUUCGGAGGGAUGUUCUGCAACAUCGAAGGAGCUUUUGAGAACAAGACCUUGAAUUUCGAGUCGUACAGCCCCGGUUCCGCCAGGAGAAACCCUCGGGGACGGGUGGACGAUCAGAGGGACGGUUUCAGCGACACGUCGAGCACGAGCGACUUCAGCAGCGUGAGUCAAACCGAUCGGAGCCGAACGUCGUGCGGUCCACAGGGUCAGACCCUCGUUUAUCCCGCCGGACCCGGGCGCGCGCAGAACGGGCGACGAGAGAGUGAUAAACUCAUCAUUAAAGGUGGAAAAAUCGUAAAUGAUGACCAGUCAUUUUAUGCUGACAUUUACAUUGAAGAUGGAACCAUUAAGCAGAUUGGUGAGAACCUCAUCGUACCAACUGGUGUGAAGACGGUGGAUGCCUACGGACACAUCGUGAUCCCGGGAGGCAUCGAUGUGAACACCUGUCUACAGGCCCCUCACCUGGGCAUGACUCCGGCAGACGACUUCUAUCAUGGCACCAGAGCUGCUCUGGCAGGAGGAACCACCAUGAUCAUCGACCAUGUUGUGCCUGAACCGGGAACUAGUUUACUGGCGGCGUAUGACCAGUGGAGGGAUACGGCGGACAAGAGGUCGUGCUGUGAUUACUCUCUGCACAUCGACAUCACUCGCUGGCAUGAUGGGCUGUUUGAGGAACUGGAGUCUCUGGUCAAAGAUAAAGGCGUCAACUCCUUCCUGAUCUACAUGGCUUAUAAGGACAGGUAUCAGAGCUCUGAUACGCAGAUCUAUGAGAUGUUUAGCGCCAUGAGGGAACUGGGCGCCAUCGCACAGGUUCACGCUGAAAACGGCGACAUCAUUGAGGAGGAACAGAAGAAGCUUUUGGAUCUGGGAAUCACUGGUCCAGAAGGACACGUCCUGAGCCACCCGGAGGAGGUGGAGACCGAGGCUGUGUACCGAGCCAUCACCAUUGCUAAACAGGCCAACUGCCCUCUCUACGUCACAAAGGUGAUGAGCAAACCAGCUGCUGACGUCAUCGCCAAGGCCAGGAAAAAGGGCAUGGUUAUCUAUGGAGAACCAAUCGCGGCGGGCCUGGGCGCGGACGGAUCGCACUACUGGAGCAAAAACUGGGCCAAAGCUGCUGCAUUUGUCAUGUCUCCUCCGCUCAGCCCCGAUACGAGCACGCCGGAUUACCUCAGCUCACUGCUGUCCUGUGGGGAUCUUCAGCUGACGGCCAGCGCUCACUGCACCUUCACCACGGCACAGAAAGCUGUCGGAAAGGACGACUUCACCUUCAUCCCAGAAGGGACUAAUGGCAUCGAGGAGCGCAUGAGCAUCGUCUGGGACAAAGCUGUGGCAACAGGUAAAAUGGAUGAGAACGAUUUUGUUGCGGUAACGAGCACAAACGCUGCCAAAAUCUUCAACCUGUACCCCCGGAAAGGCCGAAUCGCUGUCGGAUCGGAUGCUGACGUUGUUAUCUGGAACACGAAGGAGACGAAAAUCUUCUCUGCCAAAUCUCACAACCUGACCGUGGAGGUGAAUAUCUUUGAGGGAAUGGAGUGCCGAGGUUUCCCCGUGGUGGUCAUCAGUCAGGGCAGGAUCGUUCUGGAGGACGGGAAUCUCAAUGCGACGGAAGGGUCGGGCCGCUUCGUCCCCAGGAAAGCCUAUCCAGACUUUGUCUACAAGAGAAUCAAGGCCCGAGGCAGGAUGGCCGAUGCUCGUGGUGUUCCUAGAGGAAACUAUGAUGGCCCCGUUCAUGAUGUCAUCAGUAUGACCAAGUCUGUACCAGCCACUCCCACCACUAGAGGGCCCUCAUGUCCGGGAAAGACCCCACUGGGGCCGGCGAGAAACCUGCACCAAUCUGGGUUCACUUUAUCUGGCACUCAAAUGGACGACCACAUCCCGAGGCGUACGGCACAGAGGAUCGUAGCGCCACCUGGAGGCCGUUCUAAUAUCACAUCCCUCUCAUGAACCUCGUCCACCGGAGGAUCCAACAGCAGCCGUUUCGCCUUCUCCGGCUUCCAGUUUUAUAUUACCCCGAACCAUUCAAAUAUUACUCCCAUACACUCUGCCAACCCAAUAGGCUAUGCAGCAGCUCACUAUAGCUUUCCAUCAAUUCAUAUUCACCGUAUAAUCUGCCUCUCCUCUGGUCAGACUCACUCAUAAUGUAGCAUGCUCUUUUUAUCAGAGUCACCCAGAAUCCGUUCUGCUUUAGCGUAGCGUCGAUGGCGUGAAGACGGCCUAGUGAUUGUUGUGUUUGUGAACUAAUGAAUGGAUCUCACUCUAGUACUGCCUUUCAAACCAGUGCUUUCCUCCCGCGACAUGUAGAGUCAGACGAGACGUUUAAAGGGGAAGUGUGUUUUCUGUGGAAGCCCGUUGAUGCCAGCGAAUAAAAAGAAGGUCAUUGCAACUUUGUCUCCUCGCAAACUUUGAAUUUUUGAAACAUUCUUGGUUAAAAUUCUCAUUUGACUUGAUUUGAAAAUCCAAAACCAAUUGUGAGAUACGGUUCAGAAUCGCAAGAUAUGAAUUCGCAGGGGGGGGGGUGAUAUAGUACAAAUACUAUAUUAGAUAACAGAAUUACAUUUACAUUUAUUCAUUUAGCAGACGCUUUUACCCAAAUCCUUUUCAAAUUGGAAUUCUAAUGGUGUAAAAAUGUAAUUAUGAGAUAUAAAGUCAUAACUGAGAGACAAAAGAUUGAAAUUCUGAAGGGAAAAGUUAUGAGCAAAUUCAGAUAAUCCUGAUAAUUAAACAGAAUCCCGAGAUCUAAAUUUAGAAUUAUGAGACAAAAGAUUGAAAUUCAGAGAACAAAACUGAAUUAUGAGACAAACUCUGAAUUGUGAGACGUAAACCUGGAAUUAUUAAAGGUAGACUGAGUCCGUUUCAUCAUAUUGUGAGAAACAAGUCGCAAGUACCUUCUUCGUUGUUUAUUCAUUGGCGGGAAUAGGUUGUCAGGUUUUUUUUGCACCUGUAGUGAUGCAAAAACGACACUUCGCCUUUAAGAGAUUGUGUUUUGUCAUCGUGCUUUAAAGAAAAAUCCAGAACUAUCUACUGAUGGUCUUAGUGCUAAUAUAUAUUAAAAAAAGAGAAGAAACCAUUAUUGUUAGGUUUGUCUAUAUUGUAUCUGAGACUAGAGCAAAAAAAGGAUUGUAGACUUCUGCUUUUAACUGCAUUCAUGAUUUACAGUUUAGUUUUGAAGACUCACCACACAGAUAAAGCAAUCAGCGAUGCAUUUUUUCUAUGUUUCUAAGACAACGUUUGGUGCUCAAUAUAUAGAUCCCACACAUGCCAGUGUGUUACUGUGAGGAACAGUCACUUUUUGAACCCAGAUGAACAUUUUUAAUUCUUUUGAGGUUUAUAUUCCUGUAACGCAUUUACUUACGAAUCUUUUUGUAGUCUUAACCGGUAUUUGCUGGAACUAUAUUAGACGUAAUGUAAUUUUGGUGAGAUAUUUCGGAGUUGAAGGCAAAGGUCAGUGAAGCUGAUAAUGAUCAGUGGAUUGUCUUUUCUACCUUCUUGUGUUCAUUCUGUAAAUAUGUUUUUUGUUUUUCAUUUUUGUGCAUGGUUUGCAUGUCCUCAAUAAAAAAAAAGUUUAAAGAAAAA